AUGAAACAAAUUUUGCUUUUUGUGGUGGGAAUUUCUUCCCUGGUAAAUUGUCUUGAUCUGAUGGACUCGAGCAUGUUUUCUGAUCUGCCAAAUUUGAUCCCCGUCAGCUUCGGACCGAACUACAACAGGGAGGCAGUUUCGCGGAGAAUUGCAUCUUGGCGGCCCAAGAGCGGAAGGAAUAUCUGGGAGUUGAGUGGUCUUCGUGAGGGAGACAUAAUGGACCAACCUGGGGACAAGGGCAGGAACGUCAUCAUCGACCCCAAGUACAACUGGCCCAACAACACCAUGGUCUACAGACUCAUGCAUGGAAUGACUUCAAAGGAAAAAAUGGUGGUGAAAGAGGCGAUGGAGAUGAUCAUGCAAGGGUCGUGCAUGCACUUCCGACCCUACCGCAACGGAGACAAGGACUACGUGUACAUUCAGUACAAUGACACCGGCUGCUGGUCGCUGGUCGGUCGAAGAGGCGGGGCGCAGCCGGUCAAUCUGCAGAGGGACGCGUGCUUCAUUCCGGGCCCGGUCGCCCACGAACUUCUGCACGCCGCCGGUUUUGAGCACCAACACAGCGCCCCAGACCGAAACGACUACGUUUUUAUCAACUACACCAACAUUGAAGAAGCCGACUGGGAUCAGUUCGAGUUGUUGUCCGCCUCUGAGUACUCGGAACUUGGCGUUGGCUACGAUUACAACAGUUUGAUGCACUACACCCGAACGGCCUUUUCUAAAAACGGGGAGGACACCAUCAUUCCUUAUGAGGAUGGAGUUGAGAUUGGUCAGCAGGAUUACGUCUCAGACAAAGAUUACCGGAAACUGAACGUUAAGUACAACUGUCAUUACGAGGAUGAUCAAAUGGAAAAUAAAGUCGAUUGGAGCCAAAACGGCGAGAGCAACAGUAUGCAUGGCCACGCCAAUUCCAACCCCAGCGUUGAAUCCAACGGAAACCAUGGAGGCGGAUUCAUGUCACUUCUUGGCUGA